UGGUCAUCUAACGCUCUCUGGAAGGAGAAGUAACCAAGAACAGAAGUAAACAAGAAGACAAUCUUCAGAAUGUCGAGCCAAAGGAAGUUCUUCGUGAUCGGGAACUGGAAGAUGAACGUGGACAAAGCCCGGAUCGACAACAUCGUCAAGUUCAUGUCGGCGGCCUCGUUGGACCCCAACACAGAGGCCGUGGUUGGCUGCCCUUCCUGCUACCUGUCCUACGCCCGCCAGAGACUCCCUGACGAGAUCGCUGUCGCCGCUCAGAACUGUUACAAGGUUGCUCAUGGUAACUUCAGCGGCGAGAUUUCUCCCGCCAUGAUCCUGGACUCGGGCUGCGAGUGGGUCAUCCUGGGUCACCCUGAGCGAAGGACCAUCUUCAAGGAGUCAGACCAACUCAUCGCCGAGAAGGUCGCGCACGCGCAGCAGACUGGCAUCAAGAUAAUCGCGUGUCUGUGCGAGACGUCGGAGGACCGCGAGGAGGGUCGCACGGACGACGUCCUGUUCGGCCAGAUGAAGUCCCUCGCCAGCAUCAGCGACUGGUCGCGUGUGGUGAUCGCCUUCGAGGCUCUGUGGGCCAGCAAUACCGGCGUCCUGGCCACAGCUGCGCAGGUACAGGAGGCCUUGGCCAAGCUGCGACACUGGCUGCGCGCCAACGUGAGCGACAAGGUGGCCAACAGCACCAGAAUCCUGUACGCAGGUUCCGUUUCGUCGAGCAACUGUCGAGAGCUGGCUCAGCUGGAGGACCUGGACGGCUUCCUGGUGGGGAGCGCGGCCCUCAGACCCGACAUCGUCGACAUCAUCAACGCCCGACGACCCGACGUGUCCAGCCUCAUUGCGCACUUCGACCGACCCGACGGCCGACGCGCCUGACGCGGGCGGGUCACUCCUAGUUUUCGUAGUUUUAUGGCUGUUUAUUUAUUGAAAUAAAUAUAAGAAAUGUUUCUAUUUUCAUCGA